GCCGGGGGUUCAAUUCCCCCUUCAAGCAUGACGCACGUUGCUUCUUUUUUUUGCUCGUCCAUGGUUACACUGGCUGCCUCCACACGCCCACCGAGCAGUCCAUUUGGGGUCAAGUGCAACAUGACAGAUUCGGAGACCUCGCAGGUGGCAUCGCGAUGGCUUCGCAUAAGUAACGAUGGGCGAUGAUCGUCUGUGUCAGUCCCACCCCUCACUUCCAUGAAGCUGAACUACUACUACGCACUCCUCGACGCGCUGCUGCCGAUGCUCGGCUUGCAUGCCACCUCGUCCUCGGACCCCGCGGCGCAAUCACUGGGUGUUGCGUUCUUCGAUCCGGGUCUCAACGGGGGCUCGAUGCUCGACAACGCCGGGACGGGAGGCGGGGAGCCGCUCAAUGUCAUCGUGUCGGGGCUGAGCACGCCGCAGGUGCUGACGGACGCGGGCUUCCUGCGGUAUGCGCAGGCCAUCGGAUUCUCGUUCGAGUGUCUGGGCUUCCAUCUGGGCGCACCGCAGUCGGCUAACCUGGGGGACGGGAACGGGUGGGUCAAUCAGACGAUGGAGCUGCGGUACGAUUUCGGCAACGACGAUAUCGGGACGUGUCUGGAGAGCCUUGUGGGAGGGAACCAUUUCAGAAUGUUCCGGCAGAACGGCACGGCAGCAGCGAGCGGCGCGCUGUUCCUCGCCGUGUCACAGGAAGAGGACGUCAUCGAGGGACACACGAUCAUCCCAGACGGCUACAAUCUCGGGAGGGACGUGCUGGUGAGCAGUGCCGUCGGGCUGAACACCCACGACGGCGUCACCUACUCGACCGUCGCGCGCAACAUCAGCGGGCUGCUGCCGGCGGGGUCUACAGGAGUGAACCACGGCAUCGCCACCGAUGGCGUGACGGUUCUUCUGACUGUGACUGUUGUAUAA